AAAACACUCUCUUCAAAACAAGGGUUUGGUUUGUUUCUCUUCCGGGUUCUGCUGUCUUUAUCUGACUCGACGCUUUGACUCAGCUACUCAGACGGAUCUUUUGAAAUGGAUAUUCGUGAGCAUGGAUGUUGGGUGAACAAGGAGAAGAAGUGGGUUAAAUGCAAACACUGUGGAGAGGAAAUGUCUGGCUUGCAACUUCUGAAAUGUCACUUGGGCGGUGUUUCUUCAGAUGUGACUCCAUGUGAACAAGCUGCAUCUACUGUUAGAGAGAUGUUUAGAGAUGUGGCUACCAAGGAGAAACAUAAUCUUACUGCUGGUAAGAGUAGGAGUGCUGGGGAAGUCCAACUGGUUAAUGCUCAUAAGCGUGGGAGAAGCCAAGAUUCAUCUGUGGAGUCCUCAGGCUCUAGAGAAAUGAUGAGGACUGCAAGUCAUGAUGGUACUAAUGAUUUAAAAGGACGGAUGUUUCAAGAAGCGUUGGGAGAAGUGGAAGAGUAUGUGAAGGAGAUCAAAGAGUCAUGGGCCAUCACUGGUUGCAGCAUCUUGUUGGAAGCUUGGGUUGACAGUAAAGGCCGUGAUCUUGUUACUUUCCUUGCAGACUCUCCAGCUGGUCCUGUCUAUCUAACAUCUUUAGAUGUCUCUGACAUUAAACAAGACAGCAAGGCCUUGAUAUCUCUAGUGGAUGGGCUUGUUGAUGAAGUUGGAGUGCAUAACGUGGUUCAGAUUGUUGCAUGUUCAGCUUCUGGUUGGGUUGGUGAGCUAGGCGAGUCUUAUGCGGGUAACAACAAGAAGGGAGUCUUCUGGUCUGUGAGUGUAUCUCACUGCUUUGAGCUUAUGCUGUUGAAGAUUGGGGACUUAGAUCAACUUGGAUACAUAGUUGACGCUGUCAAUGUGAUUACAGAUUACAUCAACAACAACCCCUUGGUUUUGAAGCUUGUCAGAGAUCAAGAUCACAGUCUCACUGUCUCCUCAGAGUUUGAGUUUUUCUUGCCGUACUUAACUCUAGAGAGUAUCUUCAGGGUCAAGAACGAGUUAACAGCCAUGUUAGCUUCAUCUGAUUGUAACAACGAAGAAGAUGCAAGAGUAUCCAAACUGGUGAAUGAUUCAACUUUCUGGAAAACUGUUGGCAAAGUUCUGAAAUGCACAUCUCCUCUGAUCCAUGGUCUGCUCUGGUUCUCUAAGGCCAAGAAUCAGCAUGUUGGAAACAUCUAUGAGAUUAUGGAUGUCAUAAAGGAGAGUAUCGCCAGGGAAUUCAAUAACAAGGAGUCAUGUUAUGAGCCGUUGUGGGAUGUGAUUGAUGAUGUUUGGAACAAGCACCUUCACAGUCCUCUUCAUGCUGCUGGUUACUUUCUGAACCCGGUUACUUACUACUCAGAUGAUUUCCAUCUUGAUUCUGAAGUAGCAGCCGGUCUUUGCUCCUCUCUGGUUCAUGUGGUAAAAGAAAGUGACAUUCAAGUUAAAGUUGCUACUCAGCUUGACAUGUACAGAGUUGGUGAAGAGUGUUUUAACGAAGCCAGUCAAGCUGAUCAGAUCAUUGGAAUCACUCCAGGUGAGUGGUGGGCUCAAAAGGCUAGCCAGCACCCAGAGCUGCAGAGUUUCGCCAUUAAGGUUCUGAGCCAGACAUGUGAAGGUGCUUCAAGGUACAAGCUACAGAGUAGAUUAGCAGAGAAGCUGGUGUUCACUGAAGGAACGACCAGUUGUGAGCUAGAGCGUCUUGAAGAUUUGGCGUUUGUUCAUUACAAUCUUCAUCUCAAGAGCUGCAAAGCCAAACUAAGUGAAGAGCAGUGAAGAGAUUAAGCUGCAGGAUACUUAUAUAUAUAUAUAUAUAUUGACUGGCACGUUCAACUUCUUUUUGUCUAUGUGCAGAUAAUAGUUAUGUUAGUUUGUAUUGUUCAUGAAAGCCAUCUUUUGUCAACGUGCAGAUAACAGUUGAGUAGUUUGUAAGUUCAUGAGAGCAGAUAUGUGAACUUUUGGUAUCGAUCAAGCAGAUCAACUUAAAGUCUUUUUUUU